AGCGCGCGGGGGGCGUGGCCAGGGCAGCGCGCGCCGGCCCCACCCCCGCGCCCCCCUUCAGGCGCCGCGAUGGUGACGUCAUCGCCGCCCUGCUGACGUCACAGCCUCCCCGCUGACGUCAUGGCGGUGCCGGGGGCGUGGCCAGGGGCGCGGGGGGCGGAGCUUUCGGACAGCAGCCCCGAGCCCCCCUCCCCCUCCAGCUCCCGCCCCCCCCAGUCGGACUCCAGCCCCUCCCCCACCGAGACCACGCCCACCUCGCAUGGGCGGGGCCCGGGGGGCGGGGCCAGGGCUCGCCCCGCCCCUCCGAACCUGGGCGGGGUGGGGGGGGAGCGACCCCUGGCGCUGUUUGAGGAGGAGCUGUCUGUCCGUCCGCGCGUUCCGGCGCUGCUGCGCAGGAUGGCCCCGUACAGCGCCCUGAGCCCCGACAGCGACUGCGGCAGCGCCCGCAGGUCCCUGGGCACGCUGCGGGGGGUGCUGGCGCCGUCGCUGCAGUCGCUGCUGGGGCUGGUGCUGCUGCUGCGCCUGCCCUGGGUGGUGGGGCAGGGCGGGGUGCUGGGCACCGCCGCCAUCGGGGCCCUCAUGGGCACCUGCAUGCUGCUGACCGCCGUGUCCCUGAGCGCUGUGGCCACCAACGGGCUGGACCCCGGGGGCGGGGCGCUGUCGCUGCUGUCGGGGGCGCUGGGCCCCGAGGCCGGAGGGGCCGUGGGGCUCUGCGGCUUCCUGAGCGCCGCCUUCGGGGCCGCAGCCGCCGCGCUGGGCGGGGCCGAGCUCCUCAUGGUGUACCUGAGCCCAGGUGGGGCGGAGCUCGGUGGGCGUGGCCGCUGGGGCCGGCUGAACAUGGGGCGUGGCUACGGGGCGGGGCUGCUGGCGCUGCUGGGGGCGGGGUCUGUGGCCCCGCCCCGCCUCCGUGCCGUGGCCACGCCCCUGGGCCCGGCGGGGCUGCUGCUGGCGCUGCUGGCGCUGCAGGCGGGGACGCUGCGCCGCGCCCUGCGCCCCGAGCACGCGCUGUGCCUGCCCCCCCAAACCGGGCAGCCCCUGCCGCCCUGCGCGCCCCCCGCGCCCCAAAACGCCUCCCCCGGCCUGCGGGGGGCGCUGCCCGCCCUGCCCCGGCCCAGCGCCGCCCUGCUGGCACGGAACCUGUGGCCACGCCCCCCGGAGGCGGGGCAGGGGGCGGGGCCUGAGCCGGAAGUGGGCGGGGCCGACGCCUCCUUCGGGGCCCUGCUGGGGCUGAGCCUCCCCGCGGCCUCGGGGGUGCUGUGGGGGUGCAGUCGCUGCGCUGAGCUCGGGGACGUCUCUCGCUCGGUCCCGGUCGGGAGCGUCGGGGCUGCCACAGCCACAGCCCUGAGCUACCUGAGCGCGGCGCUGCUGCUCGGGGCCGGUGUGGAGGGGACACUGCUGCGGGACAAGUUCGGAGCCGCCCUGGCCGGGGUCCCGGUCGCCGCCGCCGCCGCCUGGCCGGGCCCGUGGCUGCCGCUGCUGGGGGCGGGGCUCUCGGCGGGGGGGGCGGGGCUCCAGGCCAUGGUGGGCGGGGCCCGGAUGCUGCGCGCGCUGGGCCGGAGCCGCGCGCUGCCGCUGCCGCGCGCUCUGUCCCGGGGUCGCUUCGGGCCCUCUCUGGCCACGGUGACGACGGCGGCUCUGGGGGUGCUCUUGGGCUCUCUGGACCUGCUGGCCCCGGUGCUGUCCGUGAUGUGCCUGACCUCCUACCUGGGGCUGAACUUGGCCUGUGCCCUGCAGGGGCUGCUGCCCACGCCCGGCUGGAGCCCGCGCUGCCCCUGGUACCACUGGUCGCUGUCCCUGGCCGGUGCCACCCUCUGCCUGUCCCUGAUGUUUGUCACCUGCUGGCACUGCGCCCUGCUGGCCCUGGGCAUCGGCGCCACCGCCUACAAAUACCUCGAGUUCCGCAGCGCGCAGAGCGAGUGGGGGGAGGGGCUGCGGGGGCUGUCCCUGAGCGCCGCCCGGCUGGCGCUGCUGCGGCUGGAGGAUGGCCGGCCCCCGCCCCCCAGCCUCAGGCCGCAGCUGUUGGUGCUGUCCAAGCCCCGGUGCCCCCCCGGCCCCCCCCCCCCGGCCGGAGCUGUUGGUUCUGGCCGCCGCAGCUGUUGGUGCUGUCCAAGCCCCGGAGCCCCCCCGGCCCCCCCCCCCCGGCCGGAGCUGUUGGUUCUGGCCGCGCAGCUGCAGGGGGGGGGGCGGGGCCUGACCGUGCUGGGGGCGUGGCUGAGCGGGGCCCUGCCCCAGGACCUGCCCCGGGCUCGACAGACUGAGAAGGCCCUGCGUGCGGCGCUGUCCCGCGCAGGCGCGCGGGGGUUCGUGCAGGUGCUGGUGACGUCAGAGCGGGGGGCGGGGCUGGCGGCGCUCGUGCAGGGGGCGGGGCUCGGCGCGCUCCGCCCCAACGCGGUUCUGCUGGGCUGGCCCAGAACAUGGCGGGCACGGGCCGACCCCGGCGGGAGCGCGCGGGAGUUCGUGGAGCUGCUGCGUGCCGCGGGCUCGGCGGGCCGGGCGCUGCUGGUGUCCAAGGGCGGGCCGGUGCCGGGGGUGUCCCCGGGGGUGUCCCCAGCGGGGGUGUCCCCGGGGGUGUCCCCAGGGAUGUCCCCGGGGCUGUCACUCGAUGUUUGGUGGUUCGUGGGCACCGGGCGGCUCCUGACGCUGCUGCCGCUGCUGCUGCGCCAGCACCCGGUGUGGCGGGGGUGUCCCCUGCGGCUGUUCACGGUGGCGCUGCUGGAGGACAACAGUGAGCGGCUGCGGCGGCUGCUGGAGGCGGUGGCGCGACGUCGGGCGCUGCCCGCCCAGGUGGAGGUGGUGGAGCUGCACGACUCGGCGGUCUCUGAGUACACCUACGAGCGGACGCUGAUGAUGGAGCAGCGCUCUCAGAUGCUGCGGCAGCUGCGCCGCGCACAGGGAGGCCCCGCCCCCUCGCAGCCGCCGAGCGCCGAGGAGGAGGAGGGGGGGGGAGGGGAGACCCGGCGGGGACCCAGCGCGGCGAACGUGCGCCGCAUGCACGCGGCCGUUAUACUGGUAUAUAUCAGUCUAUACUGGUUUAUAUCAGUCUAUAGUGGUCCAUACUGGUCCAUACUGGUUUAUACUGGUCUAUAUCAGUCUAUACUGGUUUAUACUGGUAUAUAUCAGUCUGUACUGGUAUAUAUCAGUCUAUACUCGUUUAUAUUGGUUUGUACUGGUUUAUACCAGUCUAUACUGGUCCAUACUGGUCCAUACUGGUUUAUACUGGUCAGGGCGAAUGUCCGCCGCAUGCACGCGGCCGAGCGCCUCAACGCCGCCAUCUUGGGGCGCUCGGGGGGGGCGGGGCUGGUGCUGCUGGACCUGCCGCCCCCUCCCCCACCCCGGCCCCGCCGGCCCAUGGAGAACUACCUGGAGUUCCUGGAGGUUCUGACCGAGGGCCUGGGGCCGGUGCUGCUGGUGCGGGACGGGGACGGCGAGGGAGACCAGUAUGGAACUGGGAGCACUGGGAGCACUGGGAACGGCACCGGGGAGCCCUGAGAGACCAGUGCUUCCAGUAUGGAACUGGGAAUGGGAAACUGGGAGCACUGGGAAUGGGGAACUGGGAGCACUGGG